AUGGCUGACCUCGAGAGUGAGCUUGUGGCAUUCUUCACCAAGGCAGCAGCAGCUAGGAAACUGCUGUGCUUGAGGACACCUUAUACGCAGCUUGUGCUCUCGACGUGGGAGAUUAUUCAAAGGAACUGCUGGGAACUACGAGACAGUGUUCCUUCAAGGUCUGGCCGCUUCCCUGCUGCUGUUGAUGGAGUUAUAGAAACAUGUCGGUCUUGCUUGAAACAAAGCCUCAGAUUCGUGGCUGAUUGCACUUCUGCUCUGAUGGGAAAUGUUCCCACGCCAGAUGACAGUCCGGAACCUUUGAGGAUUGGCUUAGGCUCGCCUUCAACUACGGGGUGUUUGGACGCCAGUGGCUCCUCUGUCAAGAUGAAUGUACUGUGCGGGAGCCCAACCUCCAUUCAGGCAGCUUUUGCAGCAACUGGCCUGCAUGCUAUUGGCCUGCCAGGCUCGCGGCUCCCAUUGAGCCUGAAGCUCCCCAAAGAUGCAGGAUUCACUUUGUUCUCAGCAGGGCAGCCAAACUACAACAGUGUUGCUGCUGCUGUGCGUAACGAGUUUUUGUCCUCUUUCAAAAGAGUUGCAGACGUCGGUGGUGACAGGCGCUUGUGGCUGUCCGUGACUCCCCAUGAAGGUGACAGUUUUCUGUGGCUCAUCUUUUACCUACCUCCGAGCAAUGAAAGUUUAUGGUAUGAAGAACUUGCUGGCAUUGAUGCCGACCUGCUACAUCUUCAACAGCAGUCCGCCCUUCCGUUUGUGAUCCUGACAGGUGAUGCCAACAUGCAACCCUCAUCGCUUGGCAAAGGGCCUGACCCCAAACCUGCCCGUGAUAAAGCUUUGUCGGCUUUCAUGCACAAGUGGUCAUUUGACUUGUGCAACACGGGGCAAUCUGAUGACCCACCUGUGCCUGUUGCUCUGCCUCGUCGUAAAAAGACCAUUUGGGCAGCCUCUAGUGACACCCAUCACUGCAACGGUGGGCCUGGAACAAGUCGCACCUUGGACCUGGUCAUGGCGUCCAGUGAGUGCCCCGUCAUAGUAACGGUUCACAAUGGGGUGCAUUGCAAAAACACCUGCGCGUGGGAUGACUGUUGCGAAUUUACAGGCAGUGACCAUUUCCUGGUUGAGGCUCUUAUUGACGGCCCGUGUAUGCGAGCAGCUGUGCCUGCUCAAAUAGCUCUUCCUUCCCACUGGCAUGAACCUGCCCUCUGGGAACAUGGUCUCGGCUGCGCAAAGGGUGCCUUGGCUUCUCUAUCUGGAACUGUUCAUCUUUUGGUUCUUGCAGACCUUUCGCAGCUUGCCAAGAAGGCUACGCUCCCUGCAUGGUUAACAUGGUGCAUUGAUGUACUGGUGCUCCUGCUGAGCAUCAUUGAGUCUAGUGUCAGGGAUGUCUGGGUCCUCUUUGCAAGGGUAGACAAGCGUAAAAGGCCUCGCGCUGCUGCCUUGCCUGCAGCUCAGCAGGAACCUUUCUCUGAAGACGAACUUGAACGACUGCUUCGUCAAGGACAACAAAAUGGGAUUUGGCCACAGUCGGCCAUCUCUACUUGUCUGAGAUGGCUCAGGCCUGCGCGUCCUCAACCGCCAGAACGCCUAAACCACGAUGGACGCCUGCGGACAAGGGCAGCAAGCCAUGAGGCAUGGAUCUCCCAGCUAUUUACGCAGGGAAAGUGGCCGACUAGCUACAAUGCUGAGUUCCAUUCUGAGGUUUGCCGCCGCGCGCAGGAGUAUAGUCGUCAAGCUCGUGCACACAUUGGUGAGGGACCCUGGGAUGCUGAGAUUGACUUCUCUGAGUGGUACAGGGCUGCUGCAAACAUCCAGUCAUCACGCACUGUCACGCCUUUUCUUUCACAUCGAGUUUUGCUAGCUUGUGGCACUAAUGAGUGGUGUCAUGCCGCUUGGAAACUGCAACAAGUAUGCGGGCCAUCAUGCCUUGCCUGGCGGCCAGCCUUGUGGAGGCAUCGUUUUCUUAUUGUCAAGCAUAAGAAGGGGCCUGUCUGUCACGAAUCGUCUUUCCGCUUUCUAGGAGUGGCUGAGCUGCACGGUCUUCUUCAAGAAGAAAUCCUCAUGUCAAGGAUCAGCCCUGUCAUCCACUCAUCUUUUGAUUUCGUUCAAACGGGCUAUCGGUUUGAUGUUUUGCAUCAUCAUCUCACUCUCUCUGUCCUUCAAGAUGACUACAAGUGCUGGCGUCGCGCUUUCUUUGUCAUUUUUGCUGACUUCGUUCACGCGUUUCCGAGGGCAUGGCGGGACUUGCUUUUGGUUGAGGCUCGGCACACUGCAGGUAUUCGAGAUGGGGCCUUCGCUUUACUAGCUUCGGUCAUGAAGUGCGACUUCUGGCGAAUUGCGCUAAGUGGCGAGUCUGUUGCCACAGUAGCUGAUGGUGUUCCGGAAGGGAGCAAGUACGGACCGCCCUGCUUCAACUUCUUGCCAAACACGCUUGUUCGCAGAAUGCGUGAAGCUCGUUGUGGUCUUGCGACAAGCGCUUGGGUUCCUAAGGCCUGGGCCUCUCACACCUGGUCAGGCUCCGGGAGUCCUGACUUGCGCAAGGCACAAAGCAUUGCAGACGAUAUUGCCUCUGGCCGACAGCUGCCCCGUGUAGCUGACCUGGCUCGCAAUUCUGAUCUUGAAGCAACUUGUGCACGUGCUUUAGACUUGCUAGACAAUGACAGGAUACCCGUUUUGCUGCAUGCCGAUGAUCCCCUCAUUUUGGCGUCCAGCCGAGGAGAAGCGCUUAGGACCCUUGGAGUCAUUGCUGCUUGGGCUUGGGACGUCAAGGUUUCUCUCCAUUUGGGGCCAUCCAAGACUGUAGUGCAGCAGUGGAGACCAGGCUUGCAGCAAUCUGAGACAGUAAUUCAUCCUUUGCUUUUUCCUCAGCAUGCCCCUCUGCUUCCUGCCCCGCUUGAGGGCGUGCAGGUUCACAAAUGGCUCGGACUUAAAUGGGCAGUGUGUGGUGAGUGGAUGUCUCAUGUCACUCCACUUCUGGCACAGUGCUCUGCCACAGUGGACAUGUUGUGUACGUUGUUGACUUCGCAGCGGAUCCCACUAGCCUUUGCCGUGCUCAUCUUUGACCAGAAGGUUGAGUCGGGUGACGAAACACUUGCCGGCCUGACUUUCACCCGCGGACUCACGUCAAAGGCAGCAAACUGGCCUGUCAGAUCCUUGGCGCUGCUUCGUGAGCAUCACAUCUUGGACUGGCCUGAGUGGGUAUUGUCAGGUAAAGCUGGUGGAUCCUACAAAAGUUUCGUUAAAGGUGAGCUCUUGGCCGCUGCCAAACGCACGUGGGAUGAAUCUGUCUCCUCGCACACCUCCCCCAUACCAUAUUCCCAGCUGACCUCUGGUCCAUGUAGCCAUCUGCAGGAAGCACUGUCCAAUUAUGCUCCCUGGGAGACAUUGCUGGGGCAGCGUGCCUUGAUUAUGAUUAGGUGUGGCUACGUGGCACUUGGGCAUGUGAACCAGAGGCAAGCCGCUGCUCGCAUUCAGGCGUGCGUUCUUUGCGGCAGGCGCUACUCGAACGUCACCGCUCAUGUCGUAUGCUCUUGCGAACGCUUGGCAGAAUUGAGGGAGGUCUGUCUACGCCUUGGCGCUGACUUUUCCUCUCUGGAAAUUUUGGCCAUUCCCCCAUCUCAUCCGGCAUACUCGGAAGUAGUGAGGCUUGCCAUUGAGAUUCUGCGAAGUGCGCAGAACUUCUGGAAGACAGUUUCGUGA